UAAAGUUUAGAGCCGGACGCCUGCAGGCAGUGGGCGCAAAAAGCCACAGCGCCGUGUGUCUGCGCUGCGCGUAUCCCCGCGGACUUAUCAACGGGAAAACCACGCAACGAGGACUGCGGGAUUUUAUCCGAUUUGGGGAUUUCUUCUAUUACUUCUUCUUCUUUUUUUUCUUUUUUUAAACUGCAGAUGCGAACGUUAUUUUUGAAGUUUCGGGAUAUUUGCAUCUACUGAAAUGCUCGUGGUUGGAUACGAUAAGCUCCAAAAACGCACGGACUACACGCGCUCCGGUCCGGCUGGACCGUAGCCCCCGAGCACGCGCCGCGGUUUGCAGGGUGACCAAACUGAACUUUGGCUUCAGGGUGGGGGUGGUGGUAUUAAUAACGUUGCAGAGGGCAUCCUGCUCGGCUUUGCGGGGGAGGAGAGGAGAGAGUGGGGGGGUGGCGGGGAGUGAGGGGAGACCAUGCCCGGGAUUUUGCGGUCGUUCGGCGGGGCGGCGCUGCUCGUCCUGUCCGCGCUCCUCGGCGCGCUCCGCGAGGUCGAGGCGUUCGGCGACGAGGUGGAGGAGAUGACCUGCGACCCGAUCCGGAUCAGCAUGUGCCAAGGUCUCGGCUACAACGUCACCAAAAUGCCCAAUCUGGUCGGCAACGUGCUGCAGUCAGACGCCGAGCUGCAGCUGACCACGUUCACCCCGCUCAUCCAGUACGGCUGCUCCAGCCAACUCAAGUUCUUCCUCUGCUCAGUCUACGUGCCAAUGUGCACCGACAAGGUUCCCAUCCCCAUCGGUCCGUGUGGGAGCAUGUGCCUGUCUGUCAAGAGGAAAUGCCUCCCGGUGCUCCAUGAGUUUGGCUUCAUUUGGCCUGAGGUGCUCAACUGCAGCCUCUUCCCGCCUCAAAAUGACCACAACCACAUGUGCAUGGAGGGCCCCGGGGACGAGGACCCGCCCUACCAGCCCGUCCGCCACCCCCCCCAACAGGAGGACUGUCAGGCCCUGGGUUCUGCACCCGACCAGUACACCUGGUUGAAACAGAGCGAAAGCUGUGCUCUCCAGUGUGGCUACGACAGCGGGCUCUACCGCCGGGGGGCCAAAGUCUUCACAGACGCCUGGAUGGCCGUGUGGGCCGUGCUGUGCUUCCUGUCCACCACGCUGACGGUGCUGACCUUCCUGCUGGAUUCACAGCGCUUCUCCUACCCGGAAAGGCCCAUCAUCUUCCUGUCCAUGUGCUGUAACCUGUACAGCGUGGCCUACUUGGUGCGAUUGACACUGGGGAGGGAACGUGUUUCCUGUGACCUGGAUGCCACCGCUGUACCGAUCCUCGUACAAGAAGGGUUAAAGAGCACCGGCUGUGCCAUAGUCUUCCUCCUGCUCUACUUCUUUGGCAUGGCUUCCUCCCUCUGGUGGGUGAUCCUGACCCUCACUUGGUUCUUGGCUGCUGGACUGAAGUGGGGUCAUGAGGCUAUAGAGAUGCACAGCUCCUACUUCCACAUCGCCGCCUGGGCCAUCCCGGCCGUUAAGACCAUCGUCAUCCUCAUAAUGCGACUGGUGGAUGCAGACGACCUAACUGGACUCUGCUAUGUGGGCAACCAGCAGCAGGAGGCGCUCACAGGCUUUGUGGUGGCCCCACUGGCCACGUACCUUCUAAUAGGCACUCUGUUCAUCUGUGCCGGCCUAGUGGCCCUCUUCAAGAUCCGCUCCAAUCUGCAGAAGGACGGCGCCAAAACCGACAAGCUGGAGCGUUUAAUGGUGAAGAUCGGGGUGUUUUCGGUUCUCUACACGGUCCCGGCGUCCACCGUCAUCGGCUGCUACCUCUACCAGCUGUCCCACUGGGGGGAGUUCAGAGCCAGCACGCAGGACUCGUAUGUGGCGUCGGAGAUGCUUCGGAUCUUCAUGUCGCUGCUCGUGGGCAUCACGUCAGGCAUGUGGAUCUGGUCGGCGAAAACCCUCCACACCUGGCAGCGCUGCACCGCCCGUCUGCUCAGGGACAGCAGGGCGAGCCGGGGGGGCAAGAGGGCACCGGGGGAGGGCUGGAUAAAACCGGGGAAGGGCAACGAGACGGUGGUGUGAGGAGGAGGAGGAAGAGAGAGAGGGAGAGAGAGAGCACGGACAGGAAUGGACCUCUACCGGCUUCACCGUCACUUAAAGAAACGCAAUGGCAACACGAAAGCUCGCAGAGAGUCUGGAAAGCACGCCUCACCCGCCCCCUCCAACCGGCUCCAACGAAGGAGGACAGAAGUGGAGGGUUGGGUUCUUUGCCCGGUAGAGGUGGAGAAAGCGAAUGGUGAUCAAAAAAGGGCAGAACAGAAACUAAUAUGCAGACCAGACGCAGCGAUGAGCUGUGUAGCACCGCGUCUACCUCUCUGCCUCUCUUUUCUCCAGGGACUGAACCUGCUGGAGACAGAAACCUUCAUACCAUUGUGUCUUUUUAGGGUCUCUUGAACAUUUCAGAAUUUUACACUGGAGGGUCGUGGAGCAGACGUUACACAGGUGCCGGCUGACGUUUCACAAACGCGUCUGACAACUCGAGGUCCUGUGGGGCUUUUUUCACAUCCUAAUGGGGGGAAUCACAAGGAAAUACCCGACCAAAAGUAAUCCGAACCAGAUGACAACCCAUUAAAUAUGGCCUUAAAUCUGUGAUGUGUUUACAUUUGAAGAAACCAAUAUCAUACAUUUUUGUAAAUUAUCACUUUUUGUACAAUUUAUAAAAGAGCAAGUGGUUUCAUUGCUCAGACAUUUUUUGGAAAACCAGCUCUAAGCUGCGAUAAUGCACUACAGUUGUAUACAAUUUGUGAAGCGUCACAUUAGGGACGGCAGCGGCGAGAGCCUUUAAAAUAAACUCUAAUGCGGUUAAAUUCACAAGUCACGCCGCAAUGAAUCCUGGGCGAAAAACCCAGCUGGGCCUUUUUAUUGACCCAUAAACGGAGAAGCGGUAAGAUGUCUGGGAAAUGUAGGCCUUUGUGUUUUACCUCAGCAGUCCACGAAAAGAUCAGCUCACUUCCAAUGAUCUGUGCCGCGUCGGUGGGAACCCCGUCCUGCAUAUGCUCCUGAGUCACCGUGAAAUCCUGGAAAUUAAAUCCAUUGCCUCUGGCCUCCUCUCCAAACAUCGGGCCGAAGGGCACGUUGAAGAAUUAGAGGUUAUUAGACGACCACUUGCCAAGAGACACACAGGCGCGCAGAGCAGGUAGUUCCCACGAAUCUCUUCCACGAGCAGCUAUCACUGCUGAAAUACCACCAAUACUGAGCCCGCCUAUAUACAAAGUUGUAACUCCUUGCCGUCUUUUUAUUCCGCUUCAGUUCAAUAAAGGAAUCACAGGAGUCUGUCGGUUGCGCUCGUCGGUUCCGCAUCAACCUCGUCGACCUCAUCGUGGCUCGUUCGCAGACAAUCAAGUCGUCCAUGAAUGAAAAGAUUACAUUUCAGAAUUUCUUUUUCCUCCCAACGUUUGAAUCCUGCAGUUCUCUUCUGUAACUUCUUAUGAGCUGUUCUAUGAGCUUUAAUUAGAAUAAGUUAUUCCGGGUCUCACAGCUGCACUUAAUUCUACAAAUGCUCCCGUGAACCUUCUAUUUGCCUGACAAUCUAUCUAGCAAAGCUCUAUUAUUUCAGUGAGUAUUUGAAUGUAUCCUAUGCGGGCGUGUGUCACGUUACACCAUCCCCCCCUUUAAGCAGGCUGUUUAAAUGUAUAAGAGCUUGAGUGAUUUGGAACUUUGCCCCCCUGUGCGUCAUUUUAACCACAUAGUGCCUCGUACAGGUCAUUUUAACCGAAUGCUUAAAACCCGGGACAGAAAUUAACUUGUUGCAUUUUUCCCCAAAACUAAAUGUAACAGCACCCAUGUUCCAUUGAAAAGAUACUUGUGGGGUAAACCUAGAACCGUGAAACACCAGUGUUUCUCAAACAAACAUCCAUGGCACGCUUAUUAAAUCUCCAAAGUCAAACAAACAUCACAUUGAGUUAAAGUGAAUUAAAUUAACCUCUGACCACUUCGCUCUGAACGAAUGCAGUUUCCCACUGGAACCGAAUGAAUGUUUUUGGCUUUCUCCUGUGGUUUGCUCGCACGGGGCUUCAGGUGACAUUGCCGAGCAUUCUACACGCGUGCCGAGUGUGUGUAUGUGUGUGUGUGUGUGUGUGUGUGUGUGUGUGUGCCGCAGCCUGAUGAAGAUUGAGAACCACUGGUAGUGCAGGUUUGUAAAUGCUUUUCGGGAUCAGUUCACCAUCCCUGACCGUAGCCUUUGAAGGUCUAGACUGUUCCUUUGUGUAGAAAACUCAUGGUCUUGAUGAUGUCAAUGUAUUUGCUAAUUUAUCAUUGUAAAAAAAAAAAAAAAAGAAAGUGACAAAAAAUGUAAAACUUGUUAUUUAAAAAGACUUUUGUAUCAGAAGAUGAUGAAUAAAACGUUUUGGUUUCCAA